AUCAUUUGUUCAGGCAGACACAGUCACACUCCACUCCAGUCUCAGUCGACAGCAGCAGCAACAGGAGAGGCGGCCUAGCCUAACCCACCGGCGGCGUUGACGGCACAUAGACCCCAGCUCCGGCAGAGAGGAAAGAUGACAGUGGAGAAGAAACCGCACUCGGAGCCACCGCCGUCGUGGUCGGCACUCCCGCUGGACCUGGCCGUCCUGGUGGUCCGUCUACUCCCUGCGUACGCCGACCGCGCCCGCUUCGCCGCGGUGUGUCCGCAGUGGCGCGCCGCCGCGAGGGAGCUCCUUCCCACGCCACUUCCGCUGCUAGCGCUCCCCGACGGCACCUUCUACAACAUCCCCUACACCAAGCCCUUCCGCUUCCCUGGCUGCGGCUUCGCCGGGUACCAGAGCGCCUGCGGCAACUGGCUCGUCUUCUCGCGUGACGAUGGCUGCUUCCUCGUCGACCCCUUCUCCAGGGCCACAGUGACGCUCCCUGCUCUCUCGUGCGUCCGUCUCAGGCCUCCAAAUGCUGUCGCUAAAUGGUUAAACAUCGGAAGGGCGAAAAUUGCUGACCCUUGCACUACAUGGAUGCAUAUCAGGGGCUCAAAGAAGCUGCACAUAAGCAAGCUAAUCCUGUGCUCGCCAAACCUUGCCGCGGCGUUGGCUGGCAUUGGUUACACCAGUCAGAUUCUAAUGUGCCAGCCAGGGGCCUCGGCGUGGUCAGUGCGUGCCUACGAUCGGUGUAAGGUCUUCGAAGACAUGGUGUUCUACCAGGGCAAGCUCUACGCCGUUGCCAAAGACGAGAACCUCCUUGUGGUGAACAUCAGCGAGGACCAUAGCAUAGGCGAUCCACAGGUUUCUAAGAUUGGAAGGGUCAUCAAGGGCGAUCCAUGGUAUCCAGCUGUGUUCGAAAACAACACUAGGCCCCGCAAGAAGCUCUACCUGGUUGAAUCAUGUGGGGCGUUGCUGAUGGUACGCAGGGUGAUUUGGUGCCGGGUGCCUGAACCUGGAGUGAAAGGUAAAGUUGUUGCUGGACAGAGCAAGUUUGAGGUUUUUGAGGCUGACUUUGAGCAUUCACGGUGGGUCAAGGCGUCCACCGUGGGGGAUGACCAGGUGCUGUAUCUAGGACGAAGGUGCUCCAGGGCCAUGUCUGUUUCUGCGUACGGGUUUUCAGGUGAUCUUAUUUUCUUCUUGGAUGAUGAUGAGCAGAAUCGUGUGGAGUACCACUACGAAGACGAGAACACAUCUUUCCACGUCUAUGACAUGAGAUCUGGCACAGUUCGUACCGCUUCUCCAACGAUUUCCUGGAAGCGCUGCAAUGAGAUGCUUCUGGCAGCAUGGCUCUUCCCUCAGGACUAAAGUGAAGGUGUUAUAUUGUUGCCCAUUGGUGGCUUGUUGGUAAUCAAGCUGCUCCCAAGUUAUCUGACGAUGCUAUAUUGCUAACUGCUCAUAGGUUAUGUAUCUCUCUGUCGUAUGUAUGGUGUUCGGUGAUCCUGUGCAAAAUGCGUUAGUAUUUAAGUUGCUAUGUAUCGUUGCUGAACUUAUUAUGGUGGUUACUAUGCGAGCUGUUAACUGCAUCGGGUUAUCUAGUACUGUAGUUGUUGCUGUGCCUAUGAAAGAUCUUGAAGUUAUAGCUGCUUAUCCGAAAGAUCCUAUAUAUGGUGGUUACUA